UGUUCAUCACUUGUUGCAUUUGACGUUUCUGUGUUGUGCGCAGUUUUCUUCUAAUUAUGUGAUAAAUGUUGUGUGUUGUCAGUGAUAGUGUCAAGUAUUAUCGAGUAACAUCUUAAUUUCGGAUGCUGUUAUAGACGUAAUUUAUGGAAAUUAUUCGUAGUAAUGACAAUUCAAAUUUUAUAAAGCACCAUUGGAUGUAAACUCAUAUAUAUCAUAUAAAAAGUGACAAUGUCAGAUUUUCUUUCUACCGAGCUUACAGCCACAUGUGCUGCGCUUGGUUACUACGAUGGGACUAAAUACCACCUAGAUAAAUAUUGUUUAGUUGUCAUAAAAGACCUAAUUAGAUAUUUAAGAAGAGAUGAUGACAGGCAUACUGUGCGUCAAUUUCUUGGUCAAUCAAAAGUACUUGAAACUGAUCUUAUUAAAAUUUUUAUCGAUCAUUAUGAUAAACUUGAACUUUGGGAUGUAUUAUUGAGGUUGAUUAUCAAUUUAACAAGUCCAGUUUUGUUAAUUUACAAUGAACGAGUACCUACUGAUAAAAUGGAACAUACAAUAUAUCAGAAACUUAUUUCAUACACACAAGCAUAUAAAGUAGCAUUCACUGAUGAUCGUGUAUGGACAACUUUAAGCAAUCGCUUAAGUGAAAUUUUGAAAUUAGAUAAUGUAGAAAGAGGAGAAGAAAAUAAUAUGAUUAUUGAAAGAAUUCUUAUUUUCAUACGAAACAUACUACAAGUUCCUCCUGAUGAAAAUGAGAAUCGUGCUGAUACAGAUGUUACAGUUCAUGAUCAGGUUUUGUUUGCUCUUAAUGCAUCAGGGAUCGUAGAUUUGUUACUGUUUACUGCUAGUAAUAGUAACGAACAAAUGUACCAUUUACAAAUUUUAGAGAUUGUAUCGUUAAUGCUACGCGACCAAAGUGCAAAUGAGUUAGCUAAAUCCGGUUUACAACGUUGUACCUCCGAGAAAGAAAAAGAUGAGGCAGUACUCUUAGCUGUUCGGUUAAAAGAGAAGCAACAGAAAAUGGAUAAAAUAAGAAAAUAUGCGGGAGCUCGGCAUUCGCAUUUCGGCGGUACUUACGUCGUGCAGAAUAUGAAAGCAAUCGGAGAUAAUCAAUUGAUAUGCCACAAACCGUACCAGAAGAUCGAGGCAUUAAACUUCGGCCAAGUCAAGACAAAAGUAGUGAGACCGAAAAAUAGACGCCCAAUGUCAGAUCCGAGGGGCGAACGUACAUCCGCUCUAAGCGUGAGACUCUUCUUGAAAGAAUUCUGCGUAGAAUUCUUGAACGCUGCUUAUAAUCCUGUAAUGAGGUACGCUAGAUACUGCAUACAAAGCGGAAAUCAAGGCGAUCCAUCUGAAACGACUUGCUAUCUUUGGGCUCUGCGUUUCUUUAUGGAGUUCAAUCGCCAUUACAAGUUUGAAGUAAAAUAUGUGAGCGAAACGAUAUCUACGGAAGUAUUUCACGUGGUUCAAAGACAAAUGGAACAUUACUACGAGAUGAUGUUAAUGAAUAAAAAACAGAUCCCAGUGUGGUCUCGUAGAUUACACGUGGCAUUGAAAGCAUAUCAGGAACUUUUGCACACUUUAAUGGCGAUGGAUCAAAGCACGGAUCGUGGUGUUAGAGAAUCCAGUAAAGUCAUUAAGAGCAACGUAUUUUACGUUCCAGAAUAUCGGGAAACGAUUCUUUCCCAGCUUCUCGGUUUCGACGACAUUAAAAUGUCACGACAAUAUUUGAUCGAUCUAAUCACAACGGUGCACAUCUUUCUGAAAAUGUUGGGGCACUUCUGUGCGAAAAGUAAUCGUAACAUAAUAGUCCAAAAAAAGGCCAAGCCGCGCAAGAGCAAAAGUAAAACAAAAACUGUGCAGAAAGAACAACCGCCUUCUCAAAGUAUGGAAGAGCGUUGGAAUGAUAUUGGCCCCCAGUUGUCCAGCGUAAUGCGAGAUGGGACUAUACCGGAAGUUGCGCCAUUUGACGCAACAUUGGACGUACCGAUUGAUGAUCAAAAAGUUGAAGCCGUGAAGAAGAUUCAGAAGCUACUGCGGGCGAAGGAUUUUGAACAAGCUGUUGGCCUUAUCCGCUCAGCAAGAGACGUCUGGCCUGAAAACGAUUCCUUUGGAAAGCCCGAUAUUUCAUCCGAGGAGGAGUUCCUGGUACUACGGGAAAUUUUCUUAGCAGACUUGGGAGUCGAGGAUGAUCCGAUUCCGCAAAGCGAAACAGGCCACGGAGAAGAUGUCGAACACUUCCUUAAUGAUGAGGAAGACGAGGAGGAGGAAGAAGAGGAAGCUGCGCAAAGGUCUGCUGUCGUGGAAACCGAUUUCAAAUAUUCCGAUUUCCUCUACAGAUUUGCUAAUGUGAAGGUUGUCAAAGCUAUGGUGAUUCUGCUGCAACAGUUCGACAAGAACACAGACGAGGUGAAUCACUACGUUAACAAGAUGCUUCAUCGCAUAGCGUGGGAGUGCAAAAUGCCAGGAAUGAUGUUCCAAGCAUCCUUGUUUCGAGUUUUUCAGCGAAUUCUCGAGUCCAAGUAUCCUGGACACAAGGAACUUCAAAAGUUCGCAGUUUUCAUAAUCCGUCGUUUCAUCGAAGUCGCGCAGAAGAACACGAAAGCGUACAUGGAGCUGCUCUUCUGGAAGACCACUCGUGACGCGACGGAGGUCGUCAGCGGUUACAACGCGGAAACGGAUAACAAGAAAGUUUCGCGCAGCCUCUGGACCGAGGCCCAAGAAGAAGAGUUACGCACGCUCUUUAUGGAACAUCAGACUAACAACUAUCCCCAAGAUAUUAUCGACUGGAUACUGGAACAUAUUAAUCAAGAACGAACACGACGUGGCAUUAUGAAGAAGCUGAAAGAGAUGUACCUAAUUGUCAAUUCCAAAGCUGUCCGAAGCGAGGUACAGAAAAGGCUUCCGAAGGAAUGGUCCGAGGACGAAGUCGCUCAGCUGACGGAACUUUGGGAACGGCUGAAAAACGACGACGAUCCUGUUGACCUGAUCUUCAAUGGGCUCACAAUAAAGCGGUCAAAGCCGAAGAUCAAGGAGAAGCUUUUGGAAUUAGGAUUGGCUGCGGAUCCGAAGGAGCUGCGCAAGAAGCGAUCCAGAAAAAGCAACCAAGAAGGCAAAUCGUCGUGGGAAACGCAGUCUGCCAGUAAUUCGGAGGAGAAUGAAAGCAGCGACGAAGAAGCUGGAAAAUCCUCGAGACGCAGCAGCCAGGCUCCCAAUAAACCAACGAAUAAGGGAACGAAGAAAACCGGGAAGAAACAGCCAGCGAUAGUCUACACGGAUGCACAAUUAUCUGGACUCUUGAGGGAUGUCAUCGAAAAAAAUAUGAAGAAGCCUCUGGAAUGGAUUAAGGAAUCCCUGCAGGAUGUCCUGGACGAUCGAGACGAGGAAAGCUCCGAAGGUAUUCCCUUAGUCCCGCUGACAGAUUAUUCGUCGGCCGCGAUGGAUUCACCCAGCUUUCAAAAGCUUCUUCGAGCUAUGGGAUUCGCAGCUCCGGUUGAUGAACAGGAAUCUUAUUGGCGUAUACCGGCUAAUAUGCUUACCUCGACCAUUCGGAAGCGCUGCAAUCUUAUCGAAGCUACAUUGGCAGGGAAGUUCAUUGUCGAAGAGCCAGUGAAGCCUGCUCCCAAAGUAGAUAGCGAAAGCGACGAUGAUAUCGAUGUGUUAGAAAACAUUAGAAAAUACUUCGCGACUAAUGAGCCAAAGCCAUCAACUUCUCACGCUUCUGAUUCUACAAAUGCAAGUAUAAAAAAAAAGCCAUCGGAGAGCUCCAAGCUUCCUUCGAAAUUAUCGAAAGACACUGAUAUCGAAGUAGAGAUUGUACCAGUAUCGAGCUCGCUGAAUGUCGAAACUAAAAAAGCAGAAUUGAAGAAGUUUGCUGGUCGUAUACAAAUACUUUCUGAUUCGUCUGACUCCGAUUUGGAAGUAGAAAAGAAUACCGCGGAUGCUCAAGAUGAAGGUAAAAGAAAUCGAUCGGACAGUUCGGACAAGGAGAAUGGAACGGUGAAAAAACGCCGUCUGUUGGAUAGCGAUGAAGAAGGGGACCCAUUAACGUCUCAGAAUACCGAGCUGAAACACGUUACGACGAUAAUUACCGACGACGAGAAAGAACCAUCGCCAAAACAACCUAAUCAACAAAGGUCGUCUCGUGUAAUUAUUAGUGACGAUGAAGAUUAAUACAAGUCAGCGGUUUUACUUGCCAACUUUUUACUAAUUUGAACGUUGUUCUUGCUUUUACUUUUCGAAAAGGAAAUAUUUUCUACUUCAUUUUCUGUAACCAAUUAUCUUUCAUAUAAUUUUUGAAAAUAAAGAGUGUCGCCUUACUACACAAUUA